GCGAAUCGCAUCAAGAAUUGCACGUUUUCGAUACCAAUCACGAAGGACCCACAACCUGCGGGGCCGGGGGUGUACCGCAUGGCGUGUAACGCUUAUGGCGGACAGGAAGUCGACCAUCCAUGGCGGGAUAUACGGUUGGGACCGACGAAAUUGGACUGUGGCAGAGGUGUCAGCGACGAGUAUCGUUUACCGGCAUGUCGACAAUGCGGACGAAGGAUUCCCGGGGGUCGUCACUACUAUCGCAACACAUACCGUGUCAAAUGGUGGUAUCUUGCGCACAUCAAUCCAAGCAAGAGCGACGGAGAAAACACCAAUUAUGCUCACCCAACAUAUCUAUUGGAACCUUUGCGGAUUCCGUGCUGGGUGCGACGAUAUGCUUGACCAUACGCUCAAGAUUCCAGCAUCCCGCGUCAUCGAUGUCGACAAUAAUAGGAUCCCGACUGGCCAGUUAAUCAAUGUCACCAACACAAACUUUGACUUCAAGAAGGCAAGAACCAUUCGUUCAUCAUUCGACAGCGAUCCAGCGUUCAUUGGGUACGACAACGCGUGGAUAUAUGACGAGAAAGCUGGAGUGAAUAUGGAGGUUUAUAGCGCGGCAUCUGGCGUAAAGUUGACAAUCAAGACCGACCAACCGGCGGUGCAGGUCUAUACGGCUUCGCUCAAUAUGCCACGAAAGAAUGUUCAUGGUGGACCAGAAAAGCAGUAUGGGUAUAUGUCUACCGUCGCAAUAGAACAAGAGGGAUGGCUGGAUGCGAUAAACACGCCAGAAUGGGGCAUUGAUCAGAUUUAUGACGCAAAGAGAGAGUUUACGUGGAAUACGGAGUAUCGGUUUGGUGUAGUCAACUAG